AUGUCUUCUUUGGCGGUGAAUCUCAAUCGGGUGGGCUUCCUGCUCGUCACCGGGGCGUCCAGGGGCAUUGGCCAGACGAUGGCCAUUGAGUGUGCCAAGGAGAUGAAGCCGGGCUCUCUGGUUCUCCUCCUGGCGCGCUCUGCCGCCGGUCUGGAGGACACCAGGCGCCAGAUCCUGGCCCAGAAUGAUCGCCUGACCAUCGUCACGGUGUCGGUGGAUCUGACGGAGCCUUCGCGUGAGGAACUGGAGACUGUCGUGGCGAAGUCUCUCGCCAACAGCGCCAAGGAGUCCUUCGAGUUCGCCCUGGUGAUCCACAAUGUGGGCACUCUGGGCGACGUGACCAAGUGGAGUGUGGAUCACAACUCCCAGGCCACGUGGCGCGAGCACUUUGCCAUGAAUGUCUUCUCCGUGGCCAUUCUCAAUGCCGUCUUCAUGGCCAGCUUCCCGGAGACGCAGAAGAUCGUGGUCAACGUGACUUCCUUGGCGGCUCUCGAGCCCUUCGCCAGCAUGUCGCUGUACUGCAGCUCUCGCGCCGCCCGCGAGAUGUACUUCCGCUGCCUGGCGGCGGAGAAUCCCGGCCUGACGGUGCUCAACUACUCUCCAGGUCCAGUGGACACGGACAUGCAGACGGAGAUCCGCACAAAGUCCACGGAUGAGCAAGUCAAGAGCACCAUGGCGAAUCUCCACGUGGAGAACAAGCUCGUGACGCGCGAACAGACCACCCGGAAGUUCCUUCAGGUGCUGCGCGAGGGAAAAUUCACGUCAGGCGCUCACGUGGACUACUUCGAUUGAAAAUCCACUCAACAUUCCCACACUUUUGUUGCAAUUUAUACGAAUAUAUGAUAUUACAAUUGGCUCAACUUCGUCUUUCAUUAAUCA